GGCGCGAAGGAUGAAGGAGGUGUAAAAACUUCAGGUUGCACCCCCCAGGCGUAUCAUGGCCAUAGCCACAACUAACGUCGUGCGAUAGUCAUCAAGUACGCCUACACUGAGCUCUUGGAGAAACAGCGAAAGGAGGGAGGAGAACCCCUGGUCAUACAAAAGUCAUCUGGCGUGAGCGCCAGAGAUACAAGCUCUCCGUACAGCCAGUAUGCGAUUGUGGAGCGGGACCGGGUCAACAACAAAGGGGAGAACGAAGGAGCAGGCCUUGAGAUUCAGAGUGAAUUCAUGCAAGAGGCACUCCGAUCAAUCAUUGGCAAACACUCACAGAUUGGCACCAGCGCCGAUCCUAUCAUCUUCGAGAAGCCGUACUAUGCGCUGUUCCACUGCCGUAAAGAGCUGCGGGAGAUGGCUACACGUGCAAGCAACGUACCAGAACAAACCCAGCACCUCGGAUGGCUCAACGAUUUCAUAUCGAAUAACCUCAAAGCUCUUGGCAAAGUACAGACAGGCCUUGUAGACAAGGGACUCAUCGACUUCAAGCACCUACCUCUCAUAUUCGAAGCAGGUAGUGUUGUUGUGGGCCAGCUCCUGGUGCAUGGCGAGCAUAUCAAGACUCCAGCUAAAGCUCACAAGACAAAGCAGCCAGAAUGCUUCCUAUUCCACCGACUAUCUGAGCCUGUCAAAGACGAGAAUACGGGGAUGAAGUACAUUGACAUCGAAGUGCUGCGAUGGGGAUACAAUGGCUCCAUGUUCGGAUUGACCAAGGAGAAGACGCGUAUCAAAGAGUUCGCAGGGUCAAAGAAGAUCACAGACCUUGACUGCUUCCCAUUGCAGUACCUCGGGGAAGAGGAGAAGAACUCUUUGAUUCCAAGACUCGUCCAGAGGGGCAAGAUGUGGUGCCAAAAUGUCGAUGCGAGCAAUUUCCAAUACCAAGGUAUUGCCAUGGUGCCAGAGGAGUCUAAGCGGGGUUGGGAAACCAACCUUGUGCCAAAAGCGCUAUCUGGCCGCAUCAUCCUGGAUCACCAUGCCUUUAUGCGCGCUUUCCCGGCAUUAGGCAACCCGCUCUACAGCAGCGGCUCGUCCGAGGGCGCGGAAGAUGAUCAGGAUGCAGCGCUAUCGAACAACGCGCCUAGUCCAGCUGAUUUGUGGACACUGUCAUCCAAAAUCACCAUAUAUAGACUCGGGCUAUGGAGCUUUUUUGACAGGCAGGAUUUCAAGCCAACAGAUGCCCAAGCCCUACUCUGCCCAGGAACGUCGCUAGGGUACAGCUUGCAAGGGAAAGAAUGGGGCUACUUCGACGUUGAUCUGCUCAACAAUGUCGAGUGGGCCAAAGAUCCGCUUGGAAAACUGGAGGUUCCCCAGAUUCAGAAGGACAUGCUUCUUGAUCUGAUCACCGAUCACAACACUAAAUCUGUGGGUAUGGACGUGGCAGCUGGGAAAGGAGAGGGCUUGAUAUUUCUGCUGUGCGGUCCGCCCGGCUGUGGCAAGACACUCACGGCCGAAAUGAUGGCGGAACAACAAAAACGAGCCCUCAUCCGUGUCACAUCAGGCGACCUCGGGGACCAUCCUGGCGAAGUCGAUCAGCGUCUGACGGCCUUGCUCGAACUCGCCUUGCGGGCCUCUGCGGUAGUUCUGAUCGACGAGGCUGAUACCUUUCUCGCGAAACGAACUCGUGGCGGCUCGAUUGGGGAUUACUUCCACAAUGCCAUUGUUGCUAUUUUCCUCAAGCAGUUGGAAUACUUUCCUGGUAUCAUCUUCCUCACGACCAACCAGGACGACGACAUCGACCCGGCUGUCAUAUCACGUGUGAUUCGUCUACGUUAUGGACGACUCAAUCCCAGUGGCAGGGCAAAGAUAUGGAGACACCACUUGUCCCGCGCCGAGAAGGUUCCUAGUGAAAAUGAGCUAGACCAGCUGUGCGCUCGCCUGGGCGAGGCCUUCGAGCUGGACGGUAGGGAGAUCAAAACACUGUCCAACCUGUCAUUGACGAUAUGCCGAAGUAGGAAGCGGGAGAUCUCAGAGGAAGUGGUCAGGCAGCUCUUCGACUUGACACAUGGGACCAGCGUCAUUGGCUCGCGUGCGUAGCAUUGUCACACGAAAGGGCUGGUCACACGAAUUGCGCGAGCAGACCACGCACGAUGUAGACAUCCAAUAUAUCACAUUAGAUCAGGCCAGA